GAGAGAGCGAGAGAGAGAGAGAGAGAGAAAGAGAGAGUGGACAAGGAGUGAGAGAGAGAGUUAGAGAGAGAGAGAGAGAGAGACAGAGUGAGAGUGAGAGAGAGUGUUCCUGCCUGCAUCUUUUAAGUCCACCUCAAUGCAAAUCUCGGCCAUUCACAUUUGCGCCCCACAAAAUAUUAGCGACCGUCAGGUGGCGCAGAGGACCAGAUGCGACGAAUUAAAAAAAAGAAAGAAAAAAAAGAAAGAAUUAAGCGAUUUAUUUAUUUGCAUCCGAAACGAGCGGCACCGGGGUCUCCUCAUCCUGCAUGCGGAUGGACAGACGCAUCUUUAUCCAGGGAAAACCGAGCGCUCUCCCGUCCUGAGCUCUUCUUCCACACUUGGCAGGAUUAUGAAUGAUGGAGUGUAAUUCUUUCCUGUGAUUAAAUCCUCCUCUGGAUCCUCUCCGGUCUUAAACAUGGAGCUGGCGGAGAGGAGACGGAGCCGGAAAUCACAGAGCUUUAAACUGAUCAGCGACUCAGACUAUGGACAUACGUCUGACAGUGUGGAGCACAUGGACACGGACAGUGAACUUCUGGAUGCCUCUGAGAAUGAAACAUGGCUAGGUGAGGAAGGCAUGGAGAUUAAGAAGCAGAUUACGGGCAUGAUGCGGCUGCUGAGUGAUAAGGCAGGACGUGUGUACCAGAGAGUGGGCAGAGAGGGGGAAACGCUUAAAGAGGAGCCACAAGAGGAGGGUUUGAGCUGGACUUUGAGUCACAAGCAAGGCCCUGAAGAGCCUGAGCAUGGCUGGAACUCAGUGUCCCACAGUCAGUAUGACACACGAUCCAAAACCCAGAAGAUGCUGGACCAGGGCAAAAGCAGAGACUUUGCUCUGCCCCCUGUGCCUGCCAGCUUGACGACAGAGUCCAGCUGCUGCAUGUGCAAUUGUAAGAGCACUCUGCAGGCCAUUCUGCUGGAGUUACGCACAAUGAGAAAACUCAUGCAGACUCAGAGAGGCCCACCGGAGAAACAGCGUGCUGUGGCCAGCGCAUCUCCCACCUGCAGGAGGAGAUCUCGUAAGAAGAGGGCAUUGCAAAGAAUAAUAGCAACAACCCCAUCCACAAAAACUCCCACACCUCUACACACUCCCAUGGUGGCUGAAUCCUUUGAGAAGAUUGGCCAUGAAACAAUUGAAAAUAAAGAGGAUGAAAAGAAAGACAGGGCUGUGCCAUGCCCCCCGUCGACACCCGCAUCUAAUCCUCCGACCUCAGCUCAGUACUGCCUGAACAGAGAUCAGAACUGCACAGAGCUGGAAGUGCAGCUGGCAGAGGAAUAUGAAGUGUUCAUCCCGAAGGCACAGCUGGACUCCAUCCUGCUGAACUACACACGCUCGGGCAGUCUGCUCUUCCGUAAGCUGGUGUGUGCCUUCUUCGAUGACGCCACUCUCGCUAACUCCCUGCCCAACGGCAAGCGGAAGAGGGGUCUGAACGACCAGAGGAAAGGACUGGACCAGAACAUAGUGGGAGCCAUUAAAGUGUUCACAGAAAAAUACUGCACGGCAAACAGGAUCGAGAAGCUUCCUGGGCCACGAGACUGGGUCCAAAUCCUUCAAGACCAAAUCAAACUGGCUCGACGGCGCUUAAAAAGAGGUCUGUGAACCUGUGCCUUAUCUUCUCUUAUGGCUUUUGCCAUUUGUUUAUGACCUUUUUGUUAUUAAUUAUAAUGCGCUGUAUUGUGUGUGAUUGAACAGCGGAGACGUCUACAGACUGUGAUGAGAUCAGCAGGACAUGUACAUAUAUAACAGGUACAGAGUUUGACAGAAAGGCUUGAAGGAACAAACUGUGUACACAAGCAUAGUGGUGAAGAGUACAGUGGAAGGAGGAAGAUAUGAAGUGUUCAAUGAAAGGAAUUUUCACUUAUUUCUGACCACUAUCUUCGGGGGAAAAAAAAUUAUUUGGUUGUUAUUACAUUGUAAAAAAAUUCUCAGAGGUCAACUGAUUUUUUUUUAAUGAGUCUAGUUUAAAUGUCUGGUAUUAAUUACUGUAUUCGAUGAUCACUUAUAUGAUAUUUGUACCAUGAUAGUUGCUUAUAAAUAACUAAAUUAUUGUGCUAUACAACAAAAUCACAUUAACUUCAUGUGAAUUUUACAAUUUUAAAAGGAAGUGCGUUUUUUUUUUUUUUUUUUAGACAUUUUUCAUGUUAUGUUUUACAUGUGCACUUUUCACACAUUCUUUUUUUUCCACACAGUUUUUUUUUUCUACGUGAUUUUUCUUCACAUGAUACAUUUCUUUUCACAUUUUACAUAUGAUUCAUUUAUUUUCAUGUGAUUAUUUUUUGAUGAUUUAUUUAUUUUCUCUGCAUUUUAUUUUUAAUGUGAUUUGUGUGUUUUUUUGUAAUUCAGAAUUCCUUUGUUUUUACUGAUGAUUUUUUUUUCCAGAUGAUUAAUUUAAGUGUUAUUUUCACAUCAACGUUUCACUUGUGAUUCACACGAUUUAUGGAUUUUACUGUGAUAUUUAUUCAUGAUUUACUGUACUUGUAUUCUCAUGCGAUUUUUAUACAAGUUUCAGUAUUCACAUGUGAUUUUUUCACAUGAUUCAUUCAUUUUCAAAUGUGUCCCCCCCCCCCCAACAUGUGAACAACAUACGAUUGAACAUGUGAAAUGUUUUUGAUUUUUUUGACCUUCUUUACUUUUAUAUUUUAUCAGCCCUUCACAUUGACGUUUUCUUUAGACAAAUCUUCCGUCACAUUCCUGAAAAAAUCUAAAAAUGUCUUUUUCUUCUUUUUUUUUUAACUUAUCUAAUACUGAAACAGUGACAUCUACUAAACAUGUAAUAAUAAUAAUAAUAAUAAUAAUAAUAAUUGUAGUAGUAGUAGUAGAAGUAGUAGUAGUAGUAAUAAUAAUAAUAAUAAUAAUAAUAAUAAUAAUAAUAGUUGUUGUUGUCUUUUAAGCCAGUGUAUGAUUUAUGUCAUGUUCACAUGCUUUCUGCUCUUUGCUGUAGGUGCUGAUUGUCAGGUAGCUGUGCAAAAUACUUAAGAUGACUCCUUUUUUUCUCAUGGAGAGCAAGCAGUUUGGACUGCACCAUGUUCCAGUGAUAUUGCAAGUGUUAUCAAAGGCCUCAAGGUCAUUUUGUUCUUUGUGCAAGGGCUCAAAGUAUUUAGGCAGAAGAAAAUUGUGCCAUUUUGUUAAUCAAGGACUAGAUGAACUUGCUCAUUCAACAACAGAAACCUCCCUCUCUGAACUCUCUGACUUCCCUACAUACACUGAUUAUAUUUUUAUGUUUCAAUACAAAUGCUUCUUGUUAAAUUGUGUGGUUUUAAAUGUGUGUGAAUGACAGAUUGUUGAGUCGGUGGUAUAAUGUAUGAUGCGUUUUUACUUCCUUUUACCUCAUUGAAGCACUUCACCAAACCAAGCUCUGAUGUUAAGAAAUUUAUGACUGUGUGCCUUUAAUUCAUUCUGCUGUAUGAAGUAAAAUCCUCUGCAGUAGGGGAUGCACCAAUCCAAAUGGAUCCUUUUAGGAGAUUGAGAUAAGAGUCGACUCCGCAAGCUUCUGUUAUGUGAAACAUCAGAGAUGUGAUGGUGGGUUCAUUUAUGACGAGCUGUAUACUAUGUCCAAGCACAAGAUCACAAAAUUGUCCAUGGAUCAAAUUGUGUGGCAAAUAUUUCAAAUCUAAUCUGAUACCAGUCUAGCAUUUCAGGUUUGUUUCAGCCCUGAUAUCGGUACACAGCAUCGGAUUGGUACAUCCCAUGUCCAACUGUAUCCCAUGUCCAAAUGUCCAACAUUCUUCUAAUGAGCAUUUUACUCCACUGUUAUAACAGUUGACAUAAUCUAUAUUGUACCAUUUUCUGCUAGAGUUUGUAACAUCCUCUUUGCGCAGUAGACAGUGUAUCAGUACUGUAACCCCAAGAGCCGUGCCUAAUGACUUGUGCUAAAUUUCUCCCAGUGUAAGAGGAUGUAUUUAUGUAACGUGCACAAUUGUGUGAAUUAUGUCCCACAUCUUAGUCACAUGGAUUUAAACUUCACUCACUUAAAAUUCUUCAUUGUUUAUUGUACUAUGUGCACAGAUUGUCAGAUGUCAAGUUGUUUAAAACUGUCAGAAAAAAAUAACCUUGACCUUGAGGGUUUUAUUAUUAUCUUUUAACGUCUAUACACCGAUCAGCCGUAACAUUAAAAACCACCUGCCUAAUAUUGUGUAGGUCCACCUUGUGCCACUGAAACAGCUCUGACCCGUCGAGGCAUGAACUCCACCAGACCUCUGAAGGUGUACUGUGGUAUCUGGCACUAAGACGUCAGCAGCAGAUCCUUUAUGUCCUGUAAGAUGUGAUGUUAGACCUCCAUGGAUUGGAAUUGUUUGUCCAGCACAUCCCAUAGGUGCUUAAUCAGAUUGAGAUCUGGGGAAUUUGGAGGCCAAGUCAACACUCUUUGUCAUGUUCCUCAAACCGUUCCUGAAUAAUUUUUGCAGUGUAGCAGAGCGCAUUAUCCUGCUGAAAAAGGCCACUACUGUUAGGGUAUACCGUUGCCAUGGAGGGGUGUACUUGGUCUGCAACAAUGUUUAGGUAGGUGGUACGUGUCAAAGUAACAUCCACAUGAAUGUCAGGAUGCAAGGUUUCCCAGCAGGACAUUGUCCAGAGCAUCACACUGCCUCCAUCAGCUUGUCUUCUUCCCAUAGUGCAUCCUGGUGUUAUCUCUUCCUCAGGUAAGCGACACACACACACACACACACACACACACACACACACACCUGGCCAUCCACAUGAUGUAAAAGAAAACGUGAUUCAUUAGACCAGGCCACCUUCUUCCAUUGCUCCAUGGUCCAGUUCUGAUGCUCACAUGGCCAUUG